ACUAACUCCCCAGUAGCUGCUGAAUAUUGUCACAGACAGACAUCAUGGCCAGUUUUGCUCCUAUUUACAAUCCAACUGUCCCCUUCCAGAGUGCAAUACUCGGGGGCAUUAAUGAAGGCAAGAGAGUUUCAAUCCAAGGGCAAGCGCGUAAUCAGGCCAAGAGGUUUGCCAUAAAUUUUGUCUGCUUCAACAAUGACAUUGCUUUUCACUUUAACCCGCGGUUUGAUGAAGGCAAUGUUAUUGUUUGCAACACGAUGCAAAGGAACAGCUGGGGUUCUGAAGAAAGGAAAAGCCGUAUGCCCUUCCAAAGGAACACUUUCUUUGAUAUCGGAAUUACUGUCCUGGGACACGCUUUCCAGGUCACAGUGAAUGGACAGUUUACUUUGGAAUAUCGCCACCGCGUCUCUUACCAAACCAUCCAAAGUCUUGAAGUUAAGGGGGAUGUCAAUCUUACUUGCGUCACAUUCUCUGGAUCAGAACAAAGUCUGCCUCCCCCACCACCUUAUAGCAUCACCCCAAGUUUUUGUAUGAGUGCAUUUGCACCUCCGACAUCCAUGGUUCCAAGUGUGGUCAUGCCCCCAUUGUUCACACCUCCCAUGGCCGCGGGACCCGUGAGCAUCCAUAACCCUCCAAUGCCCUUCAUGGCUGCUUUGCAGGGGACCUUUAUGCAGAACCGCAGUAUCAUCAUUGUUGGGUUUGUGAGCUACGGAGCAGACAAGUUCGGCGUCGACCUCCUAAACAGCGCAACCAGGGAUAUCUACCUCCAUAUCAACCCCCGGUUCAGGGAAGGGGCUCUGGUGAGAAAUACCAAAGACCGUGGUAACUGGGGACCCGAGGAGAGACACGUAUCAUACAUGCCUUUCACCCAAGGCCAGAGCUUUCAGAUGGAGAUCAGGAACGAGGGCGGCUGUUUUGGCGUCUACGUUGGAGGAGCGAAGGUGUUCACCUAUGUCCAUCGCCUACCUGUUACUCAAAUUGACAGGAUUGAAGUGGGGGGAGAUGUAACUUUGUCCUAUGUCCAGUUCUAGCCAUAUUUUAAAGCGGGUUAUUACCCUUUUCAGUUUCAGAGGAACUGGGCAAAUACACAUUUCAGUAUUGAAGCGAUAAUAGGAAAAAGAUCCAAAAACAUUUCACUCCUAAAAUGAACGAUUACAUAAAACACUUUUACAAAUCCAAACCCUGUAAGCGUCCAAUAGCGAGAUUCCAAAAUUCUUUGGGCAUUUGUCAUCUUUUGUUGUUUAAUGUCAUAGUACUAUCACGCAUUUCAAUGUUCCAUUCAAUUACCGAAUCAUUGUCUGUAGGAAGCGGUAGAUUCUUAAAAAGGUCCUGCAUUUUAAUCUUAUAUGGGAGGACUUUGUCUUGUGAUUGACCCAAGCCAAGAAACACAAUAUGGCAUGAAAACAACACCAAUACAAGAUACAUCAAUUUACAAUCACUCAGCACUAGUGAUAGAUGGGAGUUCGUCUUCAACUAGGGACACCUAUAGACAAUGUAUCGUGUAGGACAGCUUUACGCUUUGGAGUGUAGGUAUAAAUAAGUUUGAAUGGACAAGAGACAACAUUGUUUAUGUUGACCCAGUUGGUGAAAGGCACAUGCAGACAGUCCUUUAUCCAGAUCAUUAUUAGGUGGGCAACCGGGAGGUCUGGUCCACCAAGAGCGACCAAUUACUUGGUAACCCAACGGUGUUACUUCACAUGCAAUGUGUCAUCAUGAGCCGUUAUUCUUACACGGCAUACUUCAGUACUUCAUGGUUUCUUGACAUCAGCAUUAUAAGAUACAAGCAUUAUAUCUUAAGUCAUCAGGGUGGUUCAUUUCUAGAUGCUGUGAGAGUUUGGCUAGUCAGACGUUUGGUUUUUGUAAACGUGAACCUGUGAAACCUUUCCCAAACGAUUGUUUCUCGGUUUCUUAAUUUUAAUAUCUUUUGUAUUUCUGAGUAAAAUGUAAUUGAUCUUGAGCAACACGGUUUUGCUUUACUUUCUACAAUGUGAAAAAAAUAUAAAAAUCAAAGUUUACAUAAACUAAUACUAAUAAAAGGAAUAA